AUGAUAACAUCUAAAGAAGUUUGGAAAAUUCAAAAUAGCAAAGUGAUUGUUCAUUUUGACGAAGUUAGUGGCCAGCCAAUCGGAGAGUCGGGAGGUCUACUAGGGUCAUGGUUAGGUCAACUAAGCAAUGAUGUGAAUUUGCUACCCAUUAACUACAGUGACUGGAGAAUGGUUAAUCCUCACAUAAAAACUAAAGUCUGGGAAGUAAUACAGUCCAAAUUCUGGUUUGAUGAUCCACUGACGAGAAAAGUGUUUGUGAUGAGUGCAUUAGGUAGCAGAUGCAAAGAUGUCAAACUACGUCUUUGGAAAGAAUACAAGCGAGACAGUCUAAGUGAGACAUUGCUCAAUCGACCAGAAAAUGUUCCUGAAAAUCAAUGGGGUCAUUUCGUUCACAUGAGAUUCACUGAAAAGUGGAAGGAAAAACUUACGACGUUGUUGGGCCAAAAGUCACAUGUGACAAACAAUGCUAUUGCUAAUUUGGAUGAUGAAUAUGCACAAGUUUUUGGUCCAGAGCGUCCAGGACGAGUACGGUGUGUUGGUCGUGAACCUACACCUUCAAAAUUAGUGAACCAUUCACCUGUUACGAGACAAGAGAUAGAGAAUUCAGAAAUGGUUAUUGAACUGAAGUCACAAGCAAGAGUAUGGGCUUCAAGUUUUGCUGUAGCUUUUGCUAACAUACCAAACCCAGCUUUUGCCAACGUACCAUCUCCACCAAAUCCAAAUCAGGAACGGAGUGAUGAUGCUGUUAGAGACUAA